AUGGGACGAAGCUGGGUAGAAUUCAGCGGGGGCUCCACAGGGGUGGAGGGAUGCCACGAAACAGGCCGCGGACGUCCAGGCUCGCGGCCGCUCAAAGACGAAUCCUCGUCUACGAAAGGGCGUUUCUUCUCCAGGACACAGUGCUUCUCAGUUCGAAGGGCAUCUUCUGAUGAAGGGCCUGUCACUGGAGAAAUCGGCGACAUAUGCUCCGAGUCUCUUUCGAUGGACUGCCGCAAGAAGCUGGGGCAUGGCGGGGCCCCCCCUCUCUCCAGAAUCUCCUCCGUCCUGGGUAGUCUUGAGGUUGACGCCCGUCAAAAUGAUAUAAAGUCCGAAGGGAAGGAAGAGAAUAAAAUAAAAGUAAGUUCUUAA